ACCACUGCACAAAUAACUCAGUUUACGAAACGUGAACAAAAGCGAACAGCCCGCAAGCCACAUUUUUGCGUGUCGUGUCAACUUAUAGCUGAUCAAAUUUUUCAUUUUAUCUACCAUGUCUAUGUAUCUCAUGGACAUAAUGGGAGGGAAAGGAUAGGAAAGAAAAAAUGGAAGGAAAAUAAUGACAGAAAAUUGAAGAUACGUACUGCACUUUGAAGAACAUGAUUGGGUGUUAUCAUUAGCAUAAGUGGUUGGCAGUGCUCCAAAUCGUUUGUGUAAUUAUUUACCAUAUCAACCUCUGCCCCACUGCUGGGAAAAACCAGACAUUUUUCUGUGCCUACACACUGUACGCUUUCAUCUGCACCAAUAGGGAACUGGCUUUGAAUGAUAAAAGUCUGUUAUCGGGGAGUGUCUCAGUGUCAUAAAAGGCCUGUGCUUUGACUGAUCACUAACCACAGAUCUAUUGUGGUUACAAGGAAAUAAAAUAGUUCAGUAAAAAUACAAGCAUACAUUGAAUUUGUGCUGUUCUGGAUGAACUGUAUGGAAAACUACAUUCUCAGUUUCCGGGUAUUUUUGUUGGUUUAUUUGACUGGUUGGUUGUAACAACGACCGCACCAACAGUUCCUCAUUAAUUGUUGGAAUUACACGUACUGUAUUUUUUCCCAAUUGUAGUGCUAGCCCCGUUAUAAUUGUGGAUUUUAUGUGAUUAUUUGAAUGAUGUGAAGAAGUGAACGCUGGUGAUUUGGGCCCUAAACUGCUGUCCUGAUCGCUUUGGGAGAAGAGGUAUGUUUAACCAACAAGCGAGCUUCAAAAUUCAAAGUCCACGAUGUCCGCAUACAAUGUUCCCUGCCUGGCAGUGCCUGCAGAGAAGGUUUGCCGAGACAUCGAAUGUAGCAGCCCACCACCACCGCUGCCAGCACCACCACCAAAGUGCAUGGUGGAGUGCCCAUCCUGGUUGUGGUAUCUUUUCCUGCUAUUAGUUCCCGUUGUUAUAGCCAGCGUGUGUGCAAUACUGUAUCGCAGGAGAAGACGGCCGGGAAAGAGUGACGAUGUUGGUUCGGGUUCAUGCGCUCGCUAUCCUCCCGUUGCUCAAUCUAAAAGUAAGAAAUAUAGUUUCAACUUCCUGGCGUCACGCCCCAAAUCAAAGGGAAAACCAGAUGAAGAGAGAGUGGCUGGGGAAGACCCACAUCGUGAGACCAAUGCCAGAGCCUCUCAAGAGCAGUCGGGUCCUUCAGGGGCCACGGCUACCACUAGCAGUCCACAGCGCUCGUCGCACACCACAGAGAAUGAAAGGAAGAGGUCUGGAAGCAAGACUGGAAAGGUAAGUCCGGAGGGAGAGGUCACGAGCAGGCCAGCCAGUGCCACCAACAAUGCCCGAGUAAGGUCUCAGCCGCAAGGACCCAGCGAGAAUGGUGCAAAGGCGAGCAACAUGAAACAGGGUGCGGCAGAAACCCCAAAGUUGAAGAAAGUGCCCAAUGAGAAGAGGGAAUUAAACAACGCCAGCAGAAAGGCACCAGCUGCCAGUAACGUCAAACCAAGCGAGGCCAAACCCCCCGACUUAAAGAAAGUGCCCGACGAGAAGAGGGAAUUGAACAACAGCAGCAGAAAGGCACCAGCUGCCAGUAAUGUCAAACCAAGCGAGGCCAACCCCCCCGACUUAAAGAAAGUGCCCGACGAGAAGAGGGAAUGGAACAACAGCAGCAGAAAGGCACCAGCUGCAAAGAAGUAGACUCUCAUCCUUUCCCCAGAAAGGAAAAUUGCACCCCCCACCCCAAGUGCAUGCAUUAACUGAGAUUAUGGAGCGCAAACCAAAAACAAUGAAGGAAAGAAAAUGGGGGGGGCGGGGCAGCAUCAGCGUAUCAAGAACCCCCCAAAUUUUGGGCCAUCAAAGGAAUGAUACGACACGUUGAAAGAAUUGUGGGCGAUAUAAUCAACUGUGGGGAAGAUACAUUUUGGGAAAGCAAAAUGCACAGUAGAAUUUUGGGAAAUAAAGCCAACUUGUGCCUGGAUCACUUUCAUGGUGAACUUGGGAGAAAAAAAAGGAAAACAGAGGGCAGCUGAAAACAAAGUUUUUAGGUACAGGCAGGUAGAUUUUUUUUCUGGAGAAGUUAUGUAACUGAUUUAUGUGGACAGGGCGGGAUGAUUACUUAUGUUUGGAUGAUUGCAUGUCCUUUUGUCUCAUAAGUUUACAUAAUUGUAUGCUAGAUGCACUUUGAUCAUUUCUGUACAUAAGUGCCCUACGUUUUGACAGAGAAGGGGCUUGGUAGACACCAGACCACCACGCUGCCAUGCUCCCUUGCAAAAUCCUCCUGGGUCUUCACACCUACAGCUUGUGCGUACUUUGUUCCGUGAGUGCAUGAAGGAUGUGUGAAGGCACAUGGGUGGUCUGUCUCAAUACAGUACAGCGCCCCCUAUUGUCCAUGCGCCAGGAGUCCACAGAGGUUGAAAAACCUGAAAUGCCUUGUAAAUUGCAGAUUUUGGCUCUUUUUACAGCUAGCUCCAAGCAGACGCAUUGUGAAUUUCAUGUACUCACACUAAAUGACAUUUAAUUGUUUCAUGCAGACAAUCUUAUUACAUGCAGCGUUAUUCUAAUCAGUCAUUUCAUGUUUGGCACAGAAUGAUGCGGUGUGGUGUCGUGAUUGCCUAUGAACUUUAUGCGCAUCCAUAUUGCACCAGAUGAGUGUGGUUAUUCCGUGCAUUCCUUUGUUUCUCAUGGUAGAAGUAGACUUCUAAUUGUUCUGGCUUUUUCUGAAAGGACACAGAAACUUAAAACAAUAUCAUGUUAUGUUAUUUCUGUCUCAUUCAGUUAGUAUAGUGAUACCAGCUUGGUGUGUAAAACAUCCAACUCAUUUUUGGAAUAUAUUUCUGUGGUAUUAGAUACUCGGUAUAAUUCUAUAUAUGUAUACACAUGUACCUUAUGUAAAUAAUUAUUUCAAACAUGUAAACCGGUGUAUGAGAUAUUCUGUACAUUUGCAGUGGAGUGAUUGUUAACCAGGGGCCUUUUCAUUUUCAAAUUGAUGUGAAAUUCUUCUGAACAAUUUGACUGUUGUUAGCCAUAAAAGGGGAAUCGAUAAAUGAAAUGCAGGGUAUUUAUUUUUGUGCUCAAAACUAGAUAUUCUAACUGAUUUUAUGAUUAUUCCACAUUGAACACACAUUUAAAUUUACAGACACAACUGACCUUGACUGUGGCAUAUUGCUCAGACGUUGAAAAGAAUAAAAUCUUAGAAUUACUUUCCUUCCUCACAAAACCACAAUCAGUUUUAUCUAUUAUCAAUAAAAAAAGGAAGUAUUUUUUAGCAAGCUGAUCUACAGCAUGAAAUAGAAGGGGUAAAAUCUGUUAUCUUUGCAAUACAUUGUAUAUAACAUUGACCCCAGUAGCCUUUGCUAUUUUUAUGCUGGUUGGGAUUUCCAUGCAUAAAGGUGUGGCUAUGAUUACUAAUGCUCAAAAUA